UCCCUGCCUUUGAGCGCCGACGGCUGGUCUGUACUUGCCUGUGGUUUGGGGGGAAUCUGGCGCUGGAUUUUUGAAUUCCCAAAGAAUUCCAAAUUAUAUGCAGAAUGCUGAAUCUUCUCCCCACCAGGACGAAUCAGAUAGUGCAGAAAAGUGGACUCCCGUGAUUCUGGGAUUGCAUUUUGCAACGUGUCUCCUUGACCUUCAUGCCAAGCCUCGGGUCGGAAGGGAGCUGGAGUCCCUGGCCAGCGCAGUAGGUGGAGAGGCUCCCCGGGCAGCCCCGCGCACCCCUGGCCAUGUCGCCUUUCAUGCCCUGCCCCUUAUUGUGGCCUUCUGAGGGUUCCCAGGACCGGCCAGGGCUGUUUCCCACCCGCGCGCUCUCUCUCGCCCCCAUCCAAGCCCAGCUGGCAGAGCUCCCUCAAGCCGAGAAUUUCUGACUCCCUGCUCUCUCGCUCCCGCCUCCGCCCCCGCCCGGGGGUGGCCCUGGAGAGCCGGACCGACCUCGCCCGGCCCGGCCCGGGACCAUGGUGUUUCUCUCCGGAAAUGCUUCCGACAGCUCCAACUGCACCCACCCGCCCGCACCGGUGAACAUUUCCAAGGCCAUUCUGCUCGGGGUGAUCUUGGGGGGCCUCAUCCUUUUCGGGGUGCUGGGGAACAUCCUGGUGAUCCUCUCCGUAGCCUGUCACCGGCAUCUGCACUCGGUCACCCACUACUACAUCGUCAACCUGGCGGUGGCCGACCUCCUCCUCACCUCCACGGUGCUGCCCUUCUCCGCCAUCUUCGAGGUCCUGGGCUACUGGGCCUUCGGCAGGGUCUUCUGCAACAUCUGGGCGGCGGUGGACGUGCUGUGCUGCACCGCGUCCAUCAUGGGCCUGUGCAUCAUCUCCAUCGACCGCUACAUCGGCGUGAGCUACCCGCUGCGCUACCCCGCCAUCGUCACCCAGAGGAGGGGUCUCAUGGCCCUGCUGUGCGUCUGGGCGCUGUCCCUGGUCAUCUCCAUCGGGCCCCUGUUCGGCUGGAGGCAGCCGGCCCCCGAGGACGAGACCAUCUGCCAGAUCAACGAGGAGCCGGGCUACGUGCUGUUCUCGGCGCUGGGCUCCUUCUACGUGCCCCUGGCCAUCAUCCUGGUCAUGUACUGCCGGGUCUACGUGGUGGCCAAGCGGGAAAGUCGCGGCCUCAAGUCCGGCCUCAAGACCGACAAGUCGGACUCGGAGCAAGUGACGCUCCGCAUCCAUCGGAAAAACGUCCCCGCGGGAGGCGGCGGCGUGGCCAGCGCCAAGAACAAGACGCACUUCUCCGUGAGGCUCCUCAAGUUUUCCCGGGAGAAGAAAGCGGCCAAAACUCUGGGCAUCGUGGUCGGCUGCUUCGUCCUCUGCUGGCUGCCUUUUUUCCUGGUGAUGCCCAUUGGGUCUUUCUUCCCCGAUUUCAAGCCCUCGGAAACGGUUUUUAAAAUAGUAUUUUGGCUCGGAUACCUAAACAGCUGCAUCAAUCCCAUCAUAUACCCGUGCUCCAGUCAAGAGUUCAAAAAGGCCUUUCAGAACGUGCUGAGAAUCCAGUGUCUCCGCAGAAAGCAGUCUUCGAAAUACACGCCGGGCUACACCCUGCACGCGCCCAGCCACGCCGUGGAGAGGCAGCACAAGGACAUGGUGCGCAUCCCUGUGGGCUCGGGAGAGACCUUCUAUAAGAUCUCCAAGACCGACGGGGUCUGUGAAUGGAAAUUUUUCUCUUCCAUACCCCGGGGAUCUGCCAGGAUUACGGUACCCAAAGACCAAUCAGCCUGCACCACCGCCCGGGACUCGUAACCAUGAAACCACCUGCACACAGCUCCGGUCGAGCCCGGCUGGAACACUGUUUGUACCUGCUCCGUGUCCACAGACUGAGCUGAGAGCAGGGCUGAGCCAGGCUGCCGUGGGGUCCACCGUCUUCAGAAAGCAAUGGCAGCUGUGGCCUCCUGGCCCUCCAGAGUCCCCGCGAGAGGAGUGAGUGGAGAUGACCGUGGUGGGGCUGGGCCAACAAAAGCAAGUUAGGAUUUCAGCGGAGGACGUCGGCCCGUUGCCAGGACUCCCAUCGCGGUAGCUCAUUCACACUCCCCAGACCCAAAUGGCACGGAGCUGGGGCUGAGAAUGGGUGUCUCCUCUACGCAGGAAAAUGUCAUUUCUGCUUUGCUGCUACAGCACAGAUGACUGGUUCUCCCACCUAAAAGGAAGGCUGUAGGGUUUGGGGGCAUGGGGAGGUGUCCGGGAGGGGAAGACUUACCAUAGGCAUUGCUCAAAGCAGGUGCAACUGAGAAGCAAGGAACUGCCCCAGAGCUGGUUGCUCACUUAUUUCAAAAGGCAGAAUAAUCGUCUUUCCUUUUCCUGUGGUUCAGGAGUUGUUAUUUUAUUUUUUUUUCCAUAUCAUAUUCGGUGUAGCCACAUUAUAAGCUGGGAAUGAUUAUUGCUAAGCUAAGAAAAAUACAGACUUAAUUAAGUAGGAAAUCUAAGAGCAAAUUCAUACUGUGUUGGGAGAAAAAAGUAAUGAAGGCAUUGGCCUAUUCAAAAGCCUGAACGCAGUAGGUGCAUUCCAAUCUGGCAGAGAGGAAGCUAAGGCAGAAAAUCCCACAUUGAGUUGAAUAUUUCCACCCUUUCGUGGAGCACUUUAUACUUGUCACAUAACUUCGCCUAUUUCAUGUCAUUUCUGUGCUGUAAAAAGAGAAGGAAGAGAUGGGGGGCGGUGUUUUAAGAAUUUCUUUGAGUUUCCCCAUAUCCAGCCUCCAACUCCUUUUUCCAUGACACCCCAAUGUCCCCAGGGUCCACUGCAUUUCUCAACACUUGACUCUCCUAUCUCACUCAUUCAUCUCCAGCCCAUAAUUCCAGCUCUGCCUGCACCUUCCCCGCUGCUGGAUCUGCCAGUGGCUGGCAGCGCAGGCCUGUUCUAGGGCCGAGUGUGGGUUCGUCUAUGCCUCUGUCACUGGCUAGAAGACAAGCACAUGCGAUUCUGGUCUUUCUCCCUAGCUAGGCAGCAGCAGAGCCAAGGACACAGGCGGGGCAGGCGGCUCUGGGUUUGCUCCACAGGGUGAUGUGUAAGGCAAAGCCAGCAGUGACCAUCGCCUUAGUGUCCUCAGGAACACAGAGGUCCCAAGGGGAGUUUUGGGAACACUCCUUUUCCCGGUCAGCCUGGGGGUCAUUGUAUACACACUGAUGGUCACCAGCAGCAAGUGACCUCUCCUGAGCCCGGCACUGCGCUUGGCACAAAAAAUACAGAAAGGCACAGACAGUCCCCAGCUUACGAGCUGGAUGGAUUCCAAGUUCAUCUGUUAAAAAGUCAAGAAUGCAUUUUUCCAAGGCAUUGUCAUAAGUGGGGGAGGAGAAGGAUAUGCCCAGAUGAACCAAAAAAUAAAAAUCUAUUUCCUGUCCAUGAGGAGUUUGCAAACCUUUUCUGUAUAUGGCUGGAUAGCACAUAUUUUAGGGAUUGU